UCUAGAAUGCUCUCAUUCCAACCAGAUCUGAUGUUUAAUUUCAAAAUAAAAGCUUUUUAAAAUGACAUGCUUAGAAGUUUAGUUUGACCAAAGUUGACAUACACAUUGUUGACAAACUCUUGGCUUCUCUCACUUCUCGGUGACAGGGGGACACCUUUAAAACACAACCAGCAAAUGUCAAUGCGAUCUGAUGUACACUUUCAAAAUAAAAGUCUAUUAAAGGAGGAGGUUUUUACUUUUUUCCCCUAAGUUGCCGUGCUUAUUGCUGAAACUCUCUGUUUCCAGCGACUUUUCCCACUUCUGGGUGACAGAGGAACACCUCUAGGACACAACCAAAAAAUAAAGACGUCUUAUUUUAAUAGGCUUUUAUUUUGAAAUUAUACAUCAGAUCUGGUUGACUUUGCUGGUUGUGUUCUAGAGGUGUCCCUCUGCCACGCAGAAGUGAGAGUAGUCACUGGAAACAGAAUUUUUAAGCAAUAAGCACUUCAACUUAGGGGGAAAAAGUAAAAACGUGCUCUUUUAAUAGGUUUUUAUUUUGGAAUUAAACAUCAGAUGUGGUUGACAUUUGCUGGUUGUGUUCCAGAGGUGUCCCUCUGCCACCGAGAAGUGAGAGAAGUCGCUGGAAACAGAGAGUUUUUCAGCAUUGCUCAAUGUCCCCAUUAUUUCUUUUUGCAACUGCAUAAAUACAAAGUCUAAAUUUGGAGCCUUUGGAAAUCUCCUUGCAGUAGAUCAAACAUGAACUGGAUGUGAGCUUUCACACUGAAAGGAGCUUGUAAAUUAGGGUGCUGUAACGUCUUAUGCCGUGGCGCACGUGAAAAUCGAGUGUGGGCUGGUUUUACUGUCAUUUUCGAAGAGGCGGCCAGCUUUACCGCAGUCUGACACGACGUCCCCAUUGCUUCCCUGUUGUUGAACUGUAAUGUCUGCCUUGCUCUUUUUCAGGGUCGUGCUGAGACUGUAAGGAGGGUUACAAAGUUAUGAAUUGGCAUUGAAUUGCUGUGACCAACAAUUGUAUGGCAGACUGGAAAAUUAAAGAGCUAUACAGUCUUAAUUCUCAUUUCUUUUAAGCUAUAUUAUUGCCUAUUUUAAAAGUAAACGGAGAUUUGUACCUAAAUAAUUGUCCAUUUUACAGGAUGAAGUGUUUUGGCAUUUUUAUCCUUUGGUGGCCGACGUUGUUUAUUGCAUUCCAUGUCACGGGACGUAUACCUUCAUCAUUAGCAACCAACAUCACUAUAAACCAAAGUCAGAUUGUAGCAUGUAAUGAUGGUCUACGUCAUAAUCAAACAAAAAACAAAACUACAAAACUUACUACAUCUUCGUCAACAACAGUGACACCUCUGACGACGACAGAAGUAACACUUCAAACCACGUUAGAGAUACCUACGGUAUCUUUGAGAACAAGUUUGUCACCACUGACAACAACGGAAUUAGCAAGUCAAACUAUGUCAGCAACAACAACUGCGACACCUCUGAAGACGACAAAAACCUCAUCAGGAACUGCGGAUGCCAAAAAGGCUAUAGAAGACUUAUCCUUAGACUUAAAGAACAAAGACUAUGAUUAUAACAACAUUGUUAGAGACAUUGAGAAUCUAGAACAAACCCUAGAAAAAACGGACGUGAAUGAAACUACAUACCUAUCAAGUGAUGUUGUCAACGUCCUCCUAUAUAAAAACACAGAUGACUUCAAAGGUCUUGAAAUUCAAGCAAAUAACACAGAGGCCAAGGUAAAUGCCUCUGUGUUGAACAUUAAAGUGAAGAUUCGCAUACCGACAGAGUUCAACCUUCAGAAGAAUGAUAAAGUAGUUUUCUCCAUGAUUACAUUGCCAAAUAAUAUUGAUGAACUGCUUACAUCUGAUGGCUCUUUUCGACAGAUUUUCACAACAACUCAUUCACUGUAUGAGAAUCUGCUGGUUGGCCUGAGUGUGGCUGGCAAGAAAAUUUCCGGCCUUCGAGAUCGAGUCAGCAUCAGCAUAUAUCUCACAACUAGGCUGAUGAAAUCCCAAACACUCAAAUGUGUGUUCCUAAAUACUACAAGCAAUUUAACAGACUUCAGCAGUAAUGGAUGUGAGAGAUUCUGGGACGAUAAUCAGCAGUACAUCACUUGUUCCUGUGACCAUCUCACAUACUUUGCUGUACUCAUGGUGUCUGCAGACCUCUCACAAAAAGACGCUGAGAUCUUGUUCUACAUCACCUACAUCGGCUGUGGUAUCUCUCUGUUUGCUCUGGUCGUCACUGUUGUUCUCUUCAUCACAACCAGGAAACUCAGAGCAGACGAUUCCAAGAAGAUCCACAUCAGCCUGGCAGUCGCUCUGAUCCUCCUCAACGUUCACUUCCUCCCCAGCCAGGUGGUGGCAGCGUCGUCCUCCACUGAGCUUUGUCUCUAUGUGGCUCUUCUUCUUCACUACUCCCUGCUGGCCUCUUUCACCUGGAUGGCCUUGGAGGGCUUCCACCUCUACCUCCUCCUGGUCAAAGUCUUCAACGUCUAUGUGAGGCGAUACCUGCUGAAACUCAGCGUGGUGGGAUGGGGUCUUCCAGCGGUCAUUGUGUCAGUGGUGGCGAUCGUCAACAAAGACAUAUAUGGUCGUACCCAUCUGGACCUGUCCAACCCAAGCGGAACAGCAUUCUGCUACAUAACUGAAGACAAAGUGAAGAUGGGAACCACAGUUGGACUGUUCAGUUUGAUGUUCCUGUUCAAUCUGAUAAUGUUUGGAAUCACAGUGAAAUGGUUUGUGGACUCCCACGAUAGCAAAGAGUGCAAAUGGAGCGGCCUCAAAAACACCAAGCGAGAAAUUGUCACCCUGCUGUUGCUUCUGGUCCUGCUGGGCCUCACCUGGGGAGUGAUCUUCUUCUCGUUUGGUGACCUGACCACUCCUGCGCUCUACGCCUUCUGCAUCCUGAACCCUGUGCAAGGUUUCUUCAUCUUCAUUUAUUUUGUGCUGUCUCUAAAGAAGACCAAAGACACAAGCUCUGAAACACAUACCACUCAAACCUGAAGUCAACCAACUGUCUGGAUGAUUUAUUUAUUAUUGUGAUAUGAUCAGUUGAAUAAUGUGUAUUUUACAAAGUUAAUUUAAAGUUACUUAUUUCUUCAUCCUUAGUGCAGCCUGCUUUUAUACCUUCUAUCCCCUUUUAAAGUUAUUUUGUAGAUUGAGACAGAAAAUACAGCAUAAGGAAGAGAUUCAUAUUGCACUGAAUGAUUUUCUAGUUCAGUAAGCUUACUGUGAACGUGUUCUUAGAUUGUCAAAUAUAUUAGCGACACAUUUACCUUUGUGCUGUGACUCAGAUUACACUGAAUUCUUUCUGGCCUUUUUAUUCAUAUUCUCUGAUGGCCAAACCCCUGACCACACCUGGUGACCCUCCCCCUAGUCCAUUGUUGUUGUUUUUUUUACAUUUAUAGCAUUCAUUAUUGCAAAUACAAUAAUGCUCUUUAAUUUGGAACAAAUUGUUUUUACACUUGUUCUAAUUUUCAGCGUGCUCACAGUCAUUUUCAAUAAAUUGGAAUACGGAUCCCAAAAAGAAAACAACAACCAUAAAGCAGCUAUUAAACAUACUUUUCAUUACG